AUGUCCGAGGGUAACACUUCAUCGUCUGACUCGGACGAUUCAGCCUUCACAAAGGUUAACAACAAGCGCAAGAAGAAGCGCUCUGCCCCUCAAGCCCUUCAGGCCUCUCCGCCCGCGAAGCGCAUUCCAGCGCCCGUCGCGCCCUCUUCCGGCCUUAAGCCUCUAAUGUCGCUCGUAAUUGAGCCCCCAUCCCUUUCGGUGGAGCUUCCGACUCCCUCCGUCGCGCCCCAGCGGGGGCCAAAGCUCCCGCCUCCCGUCAUUAUCCAUGAUAAGGCCGUGAGACUUCGGUCUCCGGCCAGAUGGCCCAGAGAAAAAUAG